CGUAGUCCCACUACCACGGAUGUUUUUCACCCCUCGCCCCCUGCACCCCCACCGUGUAGAGAUGGUUAUCUCCAGCCCACAUAAGAAACAACUGGCCAAGCUGCAUACGGCUGCUGCACUGAGGAAACAAACUCUCGUCACCUUUUGCCCAGCAGAGACAAGCUUGGCCUGGGCCACUUCCUUCUCAGCUGUGUACGAGCUCCUGCGCCUCUAGCCCAGAAUGGAGGUGCUCUACACCACGCUGGAGCUGCUGGUGGCGGUUCUGUGCUGCGUGGGCAACGUGCUGGUGAUCUGGGGCGUGAAGCUGACCUGCUCGCUUCAGCAGCCCACCUUCUGCUUUGUGGUGUCCUUGGCGUUGGCUGAUUUCCUGGUCGGUGCCGUUGCCAUCCCCAUGGCCUUGGUGCUGGAUGACGGUCUACAAAUCUCCUUUGAUGGAUGUCUGUUCAUCUCCUGCUUGGUGCUGGUACUGACCCAGAGCUCCGUCCUGGCCUUGCUGGCUAUUGCCGUGGACCGUUACCUGCGUGUGCAGAUCGCCUUCAGGUACAAGACGUUCGCUACCCAGUCACGCACUUGGGCCGCCGUGACCGCAUCCUGGGUCUUGGCUUGUUUGAUUGGCUUUACUCCGCUCCUGGGAUGGAACAGAAGGGAUGAGCUCCCCUCCGCCAACUCCACCAUCAACUGCACAUUUGUGACAGUCAUGUCCAUGCAGUACAUGGUGUACUUCAACUUUUUCGUGUGGAUUCUGAUGCCCCUGCUUCUCAUGAUCAUCCUGUACAUGCUGGUCUUCUACAACAUUAAGAAGCACCUGCGGCAGAAGGAGUCCCAGACCUUCUACAUGAAGGAGCAGAAGCUAGCCAAGUCGCUGGCUCUCGUUCUGGCUCUGUUCGCCAUCAGCUGGCUCCCCUUGCACAUCAUGAACUGCGUGACCCUCUUCGGCCGUAUUAAUGAACAUUACUCCUGGCUCAUACACACGGGGAUCCUCCUGUCUCACGCCAACUCCGCUGUCAACCCUAUCGUGUACGCGUUCAAGAUCCGAAAGCUCCGCAAGGCCUACCUACUGAUCUGGAAUAGGGUUGCCUUCUGCCGGGCUGGGGAGAUUUCCCAAACCGACCUCACAGCCGACGCGAUCGAUGGCAGCAACCCGAACAGCACCAUCUCCAUGGACAAUAGGAAGAUCCACCUGCAAGGUGACCUUAGUAUCAAUUUUAAGACUGUCGGCAAACCACCAGCGGAGUCCCUCCCGUAUUGAGUCAUUUAGGUGCUUUCCACCGAAGUGGGCCACCUCAACCAGGAACUAUUAUGUAUAACUUUCUCACCGCACAACAGGAACUGCUGAAUUAGCAUGGGAGACACAAAAAGUUCAUAGGUCAUACAUCAUUUCAUAAUUUCAUAAGAAACUACAUAGCCAUCCCAAAACAAUGGACAAUUUUGUUUAUAAAUCAUUAUUAAAUCUGGCCAGCAGACCUGUCUUAUAUAAAAGUGGCUGUCAAUCAAAAAUUUGUCAAUCAAAUUUUCUGAUGCAGAAAUAUGAAUAAACAAACAAAAUAGGUAUGCAUUAACUUCCAAGUGCCGGUGCUUGCAGUCAACGAAUCAGCAUAGUUUAUCACUAUAAGCUCCUCCCCGGUAGUUCUUGGUCGAGCAUAAAGUACAUACUCCAAAGCAGGGACUUAAAAGAGGUUCUGGAACUGCCUCUGAGGAAUUACAAUCGGGCCGAGCUCCUGCGGCAUGAACACCACAAAAGUUCCUCUUGACUGAAAAAGGUUCCAGGGGUGGGAAAGCGCCUAUAACCAACAUCAAAGAUGGCUUUCCAAGUGAAAAGGAACUGGGUGAUCAUCUGAAAGUGAAACCCUCCACACCUGCAUUUUCAAUGGGUUUCUUUACCUUUGAAUGGAAAACAGGAUAUGACUGGUUUUUGGCAAGAGAUGUAUUCAACUUCCCAUUUUAUUAGAGGUAAUUCAGUUCCUGUAGUGAAAUCCCCGUCCCAGAACUGCUAACAAUGAAAAGUCUGUAAAGUAGCCCUCUCACAGCUUUCUCAUUCGGCGCAUAGGUUCAGAUGCCUAAGAGUGAACAGUCAGCUCAUUCCCCAUCUCAGCGCCUUAUUUUGUGCCAUUCUCACUCUGGAGAAACCAUUUCUGGAUUCCCUACCAUACCAAACAGUCAGCUAUCUGGAACAGACUGAAGUGCCAGAGAUUAUUUUUGCUUCAACAUAUUAUAUUUUAAUAUUGUUUUUCUUAUAUAUAUAUAUAUAUAUAUAUAUAUAUAGGGGGGGCGGCAUGGUGGUGCAGUGGUUAGCACUGUUGCCUCACACCUCUGGGACCCGGGUUUGAGUCUCCGCCUGGGUCACAUGUGUGCAGAGUUUGCAUGUUCUCCCCAUGUCGUCGUGGGGUUUCCUCCGGGUACUCCGGCUUCCCCCCACAGUCCAAAAAAAAACAUGCUAAGGCUAAUUGGAGUUGCUAAAUUGCCCGUAGGUGUAUAUGUGUGAGUCAAUGGUGUUUGAGUGUGCCAUGCGAUGGGCUGGCCCCCCAUCCUGGGUUGUUCCCUGCCUCGUGCUCCCCGCGACCCAGUAGGAUAAGCGGUUUGGAAAAUGGAUGGAUGGAUGUAUAUAUGGUGCAGUGGUUAGCACUGUUGCCUCACACCUCUGGGACCAGCGUUCGAGUCAGAUUAAAUGUUAAACAUUUCAUGUUAGAUUAAAGUACACAUUUUUUGUGAAUAUAAUGCAUAAUUAAAAUUUCAUUUU